AUGUCGUUACUUGCAGUGAGAUCAUUGAAGAAUGGUUUGGGUUUGAAAAACUCAAUUAGAACGUUAUCAUCAACUUCAUCUCAAUUAUCCAACUACCAACAACCUGACUUUUCCUCGUACUUGAACCACAAGAGCCCACAAGCCAGCAGAAAUUUUACCUACUUUAUGGUUGGAUCUAUGGGAUUGUUGUCAGCCGCAGGUGCUAAAUCCACUGUUGAAUCAUUCCUUUCGUCAUUUGCUGCAUCUGCUGAUGUCUUGGCUAUGGCUAAGGUAGAAGUUAAAUUGGGUGCCAUUCCGUUGGGUAAGAAUGUUAUUGUCAAAUGGCAAGGUAAACCAGUUUUCAUUAGACAUAGAACUCCAGAAGAAAUUGAAGAAGCAAAUGAAGUUGACGUAUCUAAAUUGAGAGACCCACAAAAGGAUUCAGACCGUGUUCAAAAACCAGAAUGGUUGGUCAUGUUGGGUAUCUGUACACACUUGGGAUGUGUCCCAAUUGGUGAAGCAGGUGAUUUCGGUGGUUGGUUCUGUCCAUGUCACGGUUCCCAUUACGAUAUUUCUGGAAGAAUAAGAAAAGGUCCAGCCCCUUUGAACUUGGAAGUUCCUGAAUACAGUUUCCCAGAUGACGACACAUUGACUGUUGGUUGA